AUGAGAGUUGUUAUUAGACUUUAGCAAUCUGGUUUUAAAAAUCAUCCAAGAUGGAAAAUUGUUGUCAUGCCCUAAAAGAAGAAUCCCAGAGGUAGAUUCCUUGAGCAUGUUGGCUGGUGGUGCCCAAGACAAGGAAAAAUUAAUUAAAGAGAGAUUGUAGUUAAUAAGGAACGUGUCAGAUAUUGGAUUGCUAUGGGAGCAAAGCCCUCUGAAAAAGUAUAAAAAUUCCUUUCUUAUUUCGACUUAGCUCCAAAGCCUUUGAUUAAAUAUGGUUUUAAAACUCUUUAUGAAAAACCAGAAGUAACCCCUAAAGAUUACUUGAAUUUAAGUCCAUAUAAAAUCAAGAAUUUCGACAAUCAUCUCCAUGAAUUCAUUUAAUAAGAAGAAGAAGUCAAAUUCCUCAAGUAAUAAAGAAUGAAAAAUGAACUCAUUAAGUAAAUAGCUGAUAGUGAUUUGAAGGAUUCUCUUGAUCCUAAACUUAUUUAAUAAGAAUUAUAGAGCCUCUAAACUGAGUUAUAAUAAAUGAAUUCUUAAAUUAACUAAGUUGAUUAAAAGAGAAGACAAUUUGUCAUUAAGAGAAUAAAUAUCCUUUUCUCCUAAUUAACCAAAGCUGAAUAACACGAAUCUUUCAAGCAAAAGAUUUUACAAGGCAAAGAAGAUUUAAAAGAAAAAAUUGGUUCUGAUAAGUUCUUAAGAAGAAGUCUUGAAGAAGCUAGCUUUAAUUAAACAAUCGAAGCUUCUUAUAAGAAUUUUGAAGAUUAGAUCGAAGCUUUAAAGCCCAUCACUAAAGAAGAAUUUAAGGAUUACUUAUUAUCUAAAGGUUUCCAUGAAGCUAAGGCUGAUAAGACUGUCAGAAGAUAUUUCACUGAAUAAGUCGUUGUUUUGAAAAUACAUGCUAUUGAAGCUACUACUGAAGUACCUGAAGUCGAACACGAGAAUCAAUUACAUUUAGAGCACUUCAGAAAAAAUGACUAAGUUAUCUUCCCUCUUCCUAACUCAAUUACUCCUAGACCUGAUAUUAACAGUUAUGAUGCUGCUGAUUAUUAUGAAAUACCUUAGAUUUACGAUCCUGCUACUCAAGCUAACAAAGCCUACAAUCUUACUAGCGUAACAGACAAAUUAAACCCUGUUAAAAGAGAAUAUGCACACUUUAUGUUCAAAAACGUCAUGGGUCGCAAGAAACCUACAAGAGUUAGAACUUAAAAUCCUCCCGCCUUUUUUAAGAAGGGUUAUAAUAAUUUUUCUACCAUCAAUAAACCUUACUAUAUGUCAACUUUUGAUUACUUGAGAUACACAGGACUUUUUAAAAAUUGA